AUGUUCAGACAAAUUGCUUACGCUGCAAGAAAUUCUGCCAAAUUGGCAUCGAGAGCUGCCACUUUUAGAGCCGCCACUCUUAGAGCCACCACUUCCGUUGGUUCCAUGAUGAGACCGGUAGCCUUUACUCCUGUCAAGUUCAUGAGAUUCUCCUCCACAGGAUCUUCUUUGACUAAAGAAGAUGUUCUUGCUAGAACAGUUUCUGUGUUGAAAACCUUUGAAUUGAAGAACUCGACCGAUAAGAUUGAGUUGGAAACCCAGUUUACCAAGGAUUUGGGAAUGGACUCCCUAGAUUACAACGACGCUUUGGUUGCUUUAGAGGAGGAAUUUGAUGUUGUUUUCGACGACAAGAGUGCAAAUGAGAUUAAAACUGUGGGUGAGACUGUUUCCUACGUUCUUAAAAACUACUUGCCAGAGCAGCAGGACUUGGACAAGGAAGUUCGUUAG